UUUAACUCGAGCGUAAAGAGUCCUCAUAGUUGACUGACGUGAAACUCUGCCGGUGUUUGUGCUUCAGUACCCGGGGUGGUGACAGGAAUCUCCGCACGCCAUGACCGCUACUUCCGCUGUUACUAGCCAAAGGUAUGCUAUCGUUAUCGUACCCGAAAAAAACAACUAAACAUCUAUUUUACAUUUUAUUAGGAUUAAUUUUCAGGUUUUUAUUUGAAGCAAACUGCUGCUGAAAUGCUUCUGUUCCUUUGAUUUAUGUUAGAAAAAAACCCAUUUGUGUUUAUUUUAUUGACCCCGCCUGUAAUGAGAUCGCGACCAAUCAAAUGCGGAAUAGUGGAUGAUGGACGUCCCCACAGCCAAUCAGAGCCGAACACCCUUCCCACAGUGGGCAGGCCCAAGUAGCUUCCACACCCCUCUCUGCAGUCCUCUCCCCGGUUUCCAGCAUCUCAACCUGGGCUCGCCCUCUGACCAGACACCGCCGUGUCCACCGCCCGGGCAAACAUCACCAUGGUCCCCUUACAGCUGUCACCCGGGAGCAUGUGGCUCCAUCCUCUCGCCGCCUUACGUACAUGGAACUCAGUCACCCCCUUACACCCCAGGGGCCAUACCCCAAUUUGUCCCCGAUGCACAGGAAAGGAGCACAGUGCAGCAGUCCCCGAACGCAGAGUCCCGAUAUGGACUGGACCCAGAGCUGCUUCCCAGUGCAGUGGAAGUGAUGGCGGACGACAGGGCGCAGUGGGAGGGGAAGGUUUUUGUCUCGGAGCCUUUUUGUCCUCUCCCUCCUCUGCCGACCACCACCUGCAUCGUGGAGGAUGGAGGCAGCGCCAGCCCCAACGCCAUGCGCUCUACCUCGUACUGCGUUCCCUGCGACGGUCCCACCGCCCUCCUCGCCCGCCUGCCGCUGGCCACCUUAGUGACACCCCUGGCCAAACAGAACCCAAUAGAGACGCCCCUGCCGGUGUGCGCGGAGGAAGUGUGCGUGAAGGGUUGUCGUUGGUGCGGAGCGUCCAUGUGCGCCGCCGUAAGCUGGGAGGACUGUGGGCAGAGGUUCUACUGCCCCUUUUGUGGGAAACUCACUGAAGUGCCGUGGCAAGACUACCAGCCCACAGACGGCGUGGGCGGGGCUCGGCUUGAUCGACAGCAGAGGCCCGAACUCCACAUGGGGUCUUACGAAGUCCUUCACACCCGCCAGGGCGAAGCGGCCGUGUUGCUCCUCGCCAUCGACGUGUCGGCCGCGGCGCUCCGAUGCGGCCAUUUGGAGUUUGUGACGCAGCAAAUCCUCACUCUGCUGGCCUCACUGCUCAGCGAGGAGGGCGGGGCCUCCUGGUCGGACGUCCGCGUGGGUCUGCUGACGUACGACAGCAGAGUGCAGCUGUAUGACCUCAGCCCCGCCCUGUCCCGCCCGCACAUGUUGGUCCUCGCCGAGACGGAGGAGGAGAUGCAGCUCCCUGCCAGGGAGGGGCUGCUGGUUCCUCUUAGGGACUGCAUAGACUCCGUCACCAGUGUGUUGCAGCUCAUCCCACAGUUCAGUCCCGAGGGGGACGACUCCACAGGUGUCCCCGUGGAGCUGCCAGUCAAAGCGGGACUUGCAGUUCUGCAGACCCUCGCGUGUCCUGGCAAGCUGCUUGUCUUCCACGCCGCCCCUCUAAUAGAGACAGGACAUGCUCAGACCUCCUCGGGCUUUUUUGGUUCUAACAAGACUAAGUCCAUCUUCCAGCCGCCAGAGGCCGCCGUCUCCUUGGCCAAGGCGUGCGUGCGUCAGGGCUGUGGCGUUCACCUGUUUGUCCUCUCUCAGCAAGACGUGGGCGGGGCUUGGCCGGGGCACGUCCCCUACCUGACAGGGGGAGAACUGUACUCCUACAACCACCUGCAGGGAGAUUUGGACCGGGAGCGUUUCAGCAGAAACCUAAGACGUGCCGUCCAAGCAGAGGUCGCCUACCAGGCUGAGCUCAGCUUGUUUGUCAGCAAAGGUUUGCGGGUCUCCGGCUGUUAUGGACUCUUUGUCCCCGGGCCGAGCCCGAGCCAGGUCGUCAUGGCAACCCUCGACUGGCAGACAACGCUGGCCGUGGAGCUGGCUCACAGCAGCGCCCUUGAUGAGACGAAAGGUGUCGCCAUACAGGCCGUCCUGACGUACGCCACCCGGGCCGGGGAGCGGCGCUCCAGGGUGCACACGCUGACGCUGCGAUGCUCGCCACACCUGCAGGAUACUUUCCGCCAGUGCCAGGCCCAAACGCUGCUCACCUUCUACUGCAAAAAGAUGUACUGUGCCGUGCUGGAGCGCCCCCUGCAGGAGCUGCGCGAGGAGCUGCAGACUGACCUCACGGAAGCGCUGGCGUCCUACCGCAAACACGGCUGCUCCGCUUCGGUGUCCACCGGCCAGCUUGUCCUCCCUCAGGGCCUCAGAGCGCUUCCCGUCUACGUCAACAGUCUGAGGAAGAGCGAGGUGCUGCUGCCGGGCCUGCGCACUUCCUCCGUCCACCAGCGGCUGCAGCAGCGCUGUCAGGUCCUGCGACUCGACGCCUCGGCCAGCGCCGCGCACUUCUACCCGCUGCUCCUGCCUCUGCCGAUGUCACCCGCCAACCACGAGCCUUCCGUCCCGGUAGAGGCCCUGCGCUGCUCCGGUGCCAGCCUGCAUCCCGGCGGCGUGUAUCUGAUGCACACGCCCCACACCCUCCUGCUCUGGGUGGGCGCCCGGGUGCCGGCGGUCACCCUGGCGGAGCUCUUCCACGUCACCUGCUUCUCCUCGCUGCUCUCCGGAGAGGUCGUAGUUCGAUUUCAGAAAAGUCUCGACUCGCCGCAAAAGUACCUAACGUGCCGUUGCGCCCUCCAGACCAAGCUGCCUGUCCUGGACAACGCCUCGUCCGUCGGCGUGCGAUCCCUCGUCCACGCGCUGGACUCAGAAGCCCCCUGCGCCCGUGAGUUGCUGCUGGUGAAGCAGGGCGACGCCUGUGAGGAGCUCCUGCAGCGCCACCUGGUGGAGGACAAGAGCCCCAACGGGGGUGCCUCCUACGCCGACUUCCUCUACCAUCUGCACGUCAACUCUGUGCGCCUCCUGCAGUGACACUUCCAGUACACUUCUUUCUUUAUUUUGGUGUGCAAAAUUCAAAAGUAUACGGGGGCCGUUUUGAUAUUUUUUUUUUCUUUUGUAAAAGCAAAAUGCUAAAAACAGACACACCAGUACCGUAGAUUACUUACAGAUGACAUAUUUAAAGACAAAAUGUAUAGUGUCAGCUUUGUGUUAUAGGUGACAAAUAGGGAUGUCCGAUAAUAUCGGACUGCCGAUAUUAUCGGCCGAUAAAUGCUUUAAAAUGUAAUAUCGGAAAUUAUCGGUAUCGGUUUCUAAAAGUAAAAGGUAUGACGUUUUAAAACGUCGCUGUGUGCACGGAUGUAGGGAGAGGUACAGAGUGCCAAUAAACCUUAAAGGCCUACUGAAAUGAAUUUGUUUUAUUUAAACGGGGAUAGCAGAUCUAUUCUAUGUGUCAUACUUGAUCAUUUCGCGAUAUUGCCAUAUUUUUGCUGAAAGGAUUUAGUAGAGAACGUCGACGAUAAAGUUCGCAACUUUUGGUAUCUGAUAAAAAAAAGGCUUGCACCUACCGGAAGUAGCGUGACGUAGUCAGUUGAACAUAUACGCAAAGUUCCCUAUUGUUUACAAUGAUGGCCGCAUGAAGUGAGAGAGAUUCGGACCGAGAAAGCGACAAUUUCCCCAUUAAUUUGAGCGAGGAUGAAAGAUUUGUGGAUGAGUAAAGUGCAAGUGAAGGACUAGUGGGGAGUUGAAGCUAUUCAGAUAGGGAAGAUGCUGUGAGAGUGACCUGAUAUUCAGCUGGGAAUGACUACAACAGUAAAUAAACACAAGACAUAUAUAUACUCUAUUAGCCACAACACAACCAGACUUAUAUUUAAUAUGCCACAAAUUAAUCCUGCAUAAUAACACCUGCAUGUUUGUUAUGCUAGCUCCUAGCUCCUCUGCUAGCUCCAUAGAACACGCCAAUACAAUUCAAACACCUGAUCAACACACACAAUCACUCAGCCCAAAAGACAGUUCACCUAACCCAAGGUUCAUAAAGCUUAUAUAUUUAAACAAAGUUACGUACGUGACGCGCACAUAUGUGCAAGCGAUCAAAUGUUUAGAAGCCAAAGCUGCAUACUCACGGUAGCACGUCUGCGUCUUUGUCAUCCAAAUCAAAGUAAUCCUGGUAAGAGUCUGUGUUGUCCCAGUUCUCUACAGGCGUCUGUGUAUCGAAGUCAAAAGUCCUCCUGGUUAGAGUCUCUGUUAUCCGAGUUCUUCCAUCUUUUUUUUUUUUUUUUUUUUUUUUUCCUUGACUGCAUCUUCCGGGAAUGUAGGCUGUGUUGUGUUGCUGCUGACUUCCUUCGCAAAAUACGUCCGCUUUGCACCGACAACUUUCUUCUUUGCUUGCUCAGCUUCUUUCUCCAUAAUGCAAUGAACAUAAUUGCAACAGAUUCACCAACACAGAUGUCCAAAAUACAUCCAGAAUGAGAUGAAAACAGCUAUUUCGUAUUGGCUUCAAUGUGGAAGCCAUACCUCUGUUCCCCGGGCUAGGUCACGCGCAUACGUCAUCCUCAGAGGCGUUUCGAACCGGAAGUUCCCCGGGACAUUUCAAAUGUCACUUUAUAAGUUAACCCGGCCGUAUUGGCAUGUGUUGCAAUGUUAAGAUUUCAUCAUUGAUAUAUAAACUAUCAGACUGCGUGGUCACUAGUCGUGGCUUUCAGUAGGCCUUUAAAGGCAUUUCCUUUGCGUGCCGUCCGAGUCACAUAAUAUCUACCGGCUGUUCUCAUCACGAAUUAAUGCAAAGCAUACUUGGUCAACAGCCAUACAGGUCACACUGAGGGUUGAGGGCUGUAUAAACAACUUUAACACUUGUUACAAAUAUGUGCCACACUGUGAAGAACCCACACCAAACAAGAAUGACAAACACAUUUCGGGAGAACAUCCGCACCGUAACACAACAUAAACACAACAGAACAAAUACCCAGAAUCCCUUGCAGUACUAACUCUUCCGGGCCGCUACAAUAUAAACCCCCCCCGCUACUCCCUACCCCCACCCACCCCAACCCCGCCCACCUCAACCUCCUCAUAGUCUCUCUCAGGGAGAGCAUGUCCCAAAUUCCAAGCUGCUGUUUGGAUAGAUAGAUAGAUAGUACUUGAUUUAUUCCUUCAGGAGAGUUCCCUCUGGAAAAUUAAAAUUCCAGCAGCAGUGUACAGAUUUGAGAUCGAAUUUAAAUGGAAACAGAAUAAAAAAAUAUUACAAUAAGAAUAAAAAUAAAAAGCAACAAUGAGGAUAAAAAUAUAACAGUAAAAUGAGAAUAUAACAAGAGGAACUAGGCUGUAGUGACCAUGUUAUGAAAAAGUAUUGCACUGUUAUUGUUUUGAGGCAUGGUAAAAAAAAAUAAUGCACUUUGUGACUUCAAUAAUAAAUAUGGCAGUGCCAUGUUGGCAUUUUUGUCCAUAACUUGAGUUGAUUUAUUUUGGAGAACCUUGUUAUAUUGUUUAAUGAAGGGGUCACCAACGUGGUGCCCGCGGGCACCAGGUAGCCCGUAAGGACCAGAUGAGUAGCCCGCUGGCCUGUUCUAAAAAUAGCUCAAAUAGCAGCACUUACCAGUGAGCUGCCUCUAUUUUUUAAAUUGUAUUUAUUUACUAGCAAGCUGGUCUCGCUUUGCCCGACAUUUUUAAUUCUAAGAGAGACAAAACUCAAAUAGAAUUUGAAAAUCCAAGAAAAUAUUUUAAAGACUUGGUCUUCACUUGUUUAAAUACAUUCAUUAAUUUUUUUUACUUUGCUUCUUAUAACUUUCAGAAAGACAAUUUUAGAGAAAAAAUACAACCUUAAAAAUGGUUUUAUGAUUUUUAAACACAUAUACCUUUUUACCUUUUAAAUUCCUUCCUCUUCUUGCCUGACAAUUUAAAUCAAU